AUGCGAGUAAUCGUAACAACCCAGACCACAGAAAGUCCGAAGAAGAAGUGGUUGAUGGGAGGGGUGGACAGUCUUCUCCCGCGCUUAAGUGGGAAAGUGGACGUCCUUCUCUUCAACCCUCCGUAUGUGGUGACGCCUUCAGAAGAGGUGGGGGGCACGGGUAUAGAGGCUGCCUGGGCCGGGGGGGAGCGAGGACGAGAGGUGACGGACAGAUUUCUGCCUGUGGUGGCACAGCUGCUCUCCAGUAAAGGGUUAUUUUACCUCAUUACUAUCGCUGAGAACGACCCAGAGGAGAUCAUCCGUCUACUGGGCAAAUGUGGUUUGAAGGGAGAGGCAUGCUUGUCUACAAGAGCUGGAAAUGAGAGGCUGUCUGUCCUGCGCUUCCAUAAGAGCUAAGGAACAAGGAACUGUCACAAAUACAUCCUCUGAGAAGAUGACAGGAACUCUAAAGUGACUUUGAAAAUACAAAACAGUAUGGCUGCAAGGACACAUCUUUGAAGGAUUCAUCAGACAACACUUUUCAAGAUCAAAACUCAGCAUUGUGAAAGAAAUGGGCUGGGGGGAAAGACUAAGGUGCCUCUGAUGCAGAAAGGAAAUGAAACAAAUGUCUCACAAAGAUGACUCCUUGUAUUCAGACUUUUGUUUUAGCUACAAAGACAUAGCUAACAUACUUCAUAUAGCUUUACAAUUUAGAUCAACAUUACUUUUUUUAUUUCAAGAUUUAUAUUUCAGUGAAAACAUUUUCAAAGGUACCACUGCAUUGGAAUUGAGUUUUAAGUAUGGUUCUUCUUUGCACAAUAAGUUAAAGAGCUAAUGCGACCUUUA